GUUUGUAGUCCGCCAAUAAAAACAGAGAAGAAGAAGGAGCUCCCUUCCAGAUUGCAUCCGCAUGCCGUGUUAAACACGGUAAAAGUUCCUGCAACACAGAGAACUUCAGCGAAGCAAUCAACAUGCCUAUGUUUUUGGUAAACACUAAUGUGGCCAAGAGUGACAUUCCGCCUGCACUGUUGUCUGAGGCCACAGAGGAACUGGCAAAGGCGAUGGGCAAACCUGUGCAGUACCUUGCUGUGCACAUCAUCCCAGACCAGUUGAUGAUGUUUGGAGGGAAAGGAGACCCUUGUGCUCUCUGCUCCCUUCACAGCAUUGGAAAGAUGGAAGGAGCUCAGAAACGGUACUCUAAACUACUGUGUGGACUGCUUAACAAACACCUGGGCAUCUCCCCUGACAGGAUCUACGUGAACUUCUUUGACAUGGAGGCAGCGAACGUAGCCUGGAACAACUCUACCUUCGGCUGAUCAUUGGAUCUAAACUUCAAUGGGAGCUGAUCCCUCCUUUCCCCCACACCUUAAUAAUGGUAGUACAGCAUUAGAGUAGGCUGACGUAGAGCCGCAUUGAUAAAUGGACCCUUGCUUUAUGCAGAUCCUUCAUUUGUACUGGACCCUUGGCUUUGAUGUUCCAAUAAAGGGAUUCUCAUUGA